UGUGAAAGUAGAUUUCAGUGAAACAGAGACUAGCCAAUGAUCGAACGCGUAUUGCGGAUUGAUGGGACAUUCGUUUCUACUACUGGUCUACGCGACAACUUCAAGUUCAACACCUCAGAGACUCGGAUUAUAACAGCGACCAUACUACUACUGACUACCUCGCAAAGUCAGCAUGAAGCUGCGGGCCUGGGGUCUCACGUCUGCCUCGCCGUUUGAGCGUACUUUACUAAGCAUUUCUUUAUAGAUUCUCUUCGGCGAUUCAAGAUCUCGUAUGCCAACGGGACGCAUGCUUGGGAUAACGGGCGGUCAAGAGUGAACGUACACCCGCAUAAACACGGCAGAAAUAGACAGAAAUAGCUUCUUGGCUCUCAUCCUUUUUUUGGUCACCCCUGCUGCUGGCCGUUCGUCGGUCCUCUCACUUGGUUGUCCCUCUUGACCCCGGACGUCCCUUUUGACCCUGGAUGUCCCUCUUGACCCUGGAUGAAGCAUGUACACAUAGAUGCCUGUAGGCUUCUUUGUGACGAACAACGCGGCUGAUUCUACCGAAGCUGCCCCUCAUGGUACCGCUCCGGAGGACCUUUAUCGAAGGGCAUCAGGCUUUACACUUGGGUUUAGCUUUCGUUCUCAUACCCCACAUCAGUCUAACUUCUUUAGUGUGACGUCGGUUAGGCAGGCCUCACUGUGAAGAUGGUUCUUUACGGCAUCGUUUGGGAGUUAGCAAUGCUCAGAGAGCGGCCCUAUGCAAAAGUUCGUACAUCGGCCCUAUACGGUCACGGUACUACUGUUGACGAUCGCUCGGAAAUGGGAGUCUUCUUCAGGCCCUCCUUGGUGCACCCCUUGGCUAUAUAUUCCGAGACCAAAUGGCUCCUUAGCAGAAGCCGUCGCUAGCCCUUCAGGCACUCUUCCUCGCUGUCUUGACCAUCGGUGAUCAUCCUUUGGAUUCUUAUACAUUGCUGGUCCUCGCAGGUGCUGAAGUUACAUAGCUCUAUUCCAUGGCUGAUCUCAACCCUACUCUAAACAACAUCUGCACUGUCUCGGAUGAGUCUCGCCAUGACUCAACCUAUGUCAAGGUCACUCUCUUGCUAAUCGCAGCAGUGUCCGUACAUCUAUCCUUGUCACCACCAAAUCCACCUGCACCUCCAAAACAAUGUAUCGCCAAACGAUCUUUUUUCGAGCGUUGCGUGCGUCGGGUGACAUUUUGUAGCAAGGCCUUGGUAUGGUUGGCCACAAUUUGCGAUGCCAUUGCAACAAUUCUGACCUCCCGUGACCUUUCUGUUGCCUUGCAAUCUCCGUCCCCGUAUGCGCUAGCACUGGCAUCCCCGCGUCGAAUUUCACUCCUCUGCAAGCACCCUAUCUCCUUUGCCAUGCACAACUUCUCCCGAACGGAUCCGUCGAUCCCACUUCUCGCAAGUGCGCCCCAUUUUCUCCUCAGCCCAUCACCCCUCUUCGUCCUCGGUGUUAUCUCCGUUACGCUUGGGGCGUUACUCCGGCUCUGGUGCUUCAGAUCGUUGGGGCAGUAUUUCACAUUUGAGCUGUCCAUCCAUCCUUCACAUUCACUCGUCACCACUGGCCCUUACGCACUCGUCAGACAUCCGAGUUAUACAGGGAUAUAUCUGACCCUAUUGGGUGGAACCCUAGUAGGGCUCGCACCAGGGACAUGGCUAUAUGAAUAUUGGCUAGGUCCUUUGAGAUUAAACUCCGUGACCUUUUGGACGAUGAGCUCCGGCAGUACCUUGUCCGAGUUAUCAGCGAGUUAUUCAUUUCCGAUAUUUGGGCUCACACCAGCAACCCUUUUCGUCUACAUACUCGUCAUAUUCUGGUCCGUCAAAGUCUGGUAUGCUCUGCGCAGUACAAAUCGUAGGUUGCAGGUGGAGGAUGAGGAGCUGCAUAAGGUUUUCGGAGAUGUGUGGGAGGAAUAUGCAGAAAAGGUGCGCUGGAAGCUUUUGCCGGGUGUUUUCUAAGAAAACUCGCAAUGUUGCGAUACGUAUGCUUUACGACAAACUUUAUUAUUCAUGACAUAUCAUGGGAUUUCAUCACGGUUCUAUGGAGCUUUGCAUAUUCGGGGAUUGCCCAGACGAAUCAUGAUGGACUUCUCUCCAUCCAGCAACGAACCUUGUUGGAGUGCACCGACGACAAACGCUUUCUGUGAACCUCAGAUACAGACGCCGCAUGACACAAGCACGCGAUGCAAACUAGAAGCUCUGCGAAGAUCAGAUACGAGGGUAUCAUAUGAGUUUCCGUAACGUUGUUCCCGUUAUCUCUUUACGGAGGCAUUCGUUGAGAAAAAU